AUGGAGGAGGACAGCUGGAAUCAAAAGUGGGACUUCCUAUUGCCAUGGUGUCAACGCAUUUCCUGGCGUCUACAGUAUGUAAAAGGGAUGAUUCAGGAUGCUCCUGGACAACACUUUGAAGGGAUAAAAGUACACUUACCAAGCUUUGGGUCAUGGAAUGAGGAACACAACAAACUUAAAACUUCGAUUCAAUACGUUCGUGAGACCUUAAGUCUGUUAGCUGCAGUGGCUCACGUUGACAAUACAAUGUGGAAGAAACUGCUACUUCAGUGCACUGAUUUCGAUGUUGACAACGAGGAAGCAGGAUACGAAGGGAUAGUUAUGCCCCGAUUUCAACUUGCAGUAGAUGACAACGGACCAGAUAAUGACUACCACCUUUUGACAGGUAUCAUGGAAUUUUGUGGAACGGUUCAAUACACCAGUCAAAGUGCAGAAUACAAGGAAGCUCUUGCUAGAAUCUUUGCUAUGAAUGAUACAAAGUCGAGUUCUAUGUCAAUGGAGAUUGAAAUUCCAAUUACGGUGCAAUUGGGACCGUGGAUGGCCUACAGUAGUAACGAUAUGCUGACAUAUCUUCGAAAGUUACAGAACACGGUUAGAAUGAUUCGGACGCAAUGGCAGCAGUAUCGUAAUUGGGAACAGUUUUCUUUAAGCACUGUGUUUGCACUGGAGUCCAUUAUCGUAGACUUACGCGAUUUCAGCAUCUGCACGGGAUUGGCCGAGCUUGUUGAAAGUUUGGCUUGUGAUGGAAUUCGAGUGUCGGGUCUGGCGUUGAGGCAAGAUGAAUUUGAAAGCGAACUGACGUCGAACGGCAAUAUAGAAAAAGCUCAUAUUACUGUUGGAAAAUUGAUGUUUGGACUCUUUGGCGGUGCAAAGCCGAUGGAAUGGGAGGAUUGUGGCGUCGAAGCUACAAGUAUCACUGGGCCUCUAGCAGCCGAGUAUGGAUACGCUAACCAACUCGCAUCCAAAUCCGUGCACUUUGACUGUGAGGCAAUGGAAAAUUGGGUAUUUGAGCGAAUGUGCUCGGCUGUGGCGGUGAAUCAGACAACAGAGCAUCUUUCUCUAGGACUAGAGCUUGAUGGUGGAGAGAAUAACGAUCAGGACGGAUAUCGAGCGCAUAGUUGCUGGAGGUGGCAGUGGAUCAUUUUUGCUUGCUUUUCGGAGAAAGCUCGCCUUCAUUCGCGGUUGAAAAGUCUUGCUCUUCACAAUGCUGUCAUUACAUUGGAAGCGGUUAAGUCUAUGGCUGUGGUGUUAGCAGGAGAGGGACCAGAAGAAUAUUUGCUUGGAUACUCGUGUUGUACGUCUGAGGAAUUAGUCGACACUUGCAUUCAAGCAGGAUCACCAAUUGAAUUGUUAUCGGUUCGUAUGGAUGAUGAGGAUGCUUUUAGCACUGGUCGUUCAUUUACAUUAGAUAGAGAGAUUACUGGAGUAAGGCGGAUGACUAAGCUAGAUCAAAACGAUUGUGCGACUGUCCUUGUUCCUGGAUUCGGGAGAUGUCAAGUACAACGCAAGAACUUGGUCUACAGAAAGCUUACUUUACCUUCUAACAGUCUAGCAGGCACCACAUCCUUAGCAAUCAAGUUUAGUGAAGAUCCGGAUCCAGAUAUUCUACAAGGCUUGUUGCUACUUGUUGGUGUUUCACUCACACAUCUUGCUCUCAAGUUUGAAAGCUUUAACACUAGUGAAUUGGAAGGCAUCGUGGCAAGCUGUCCAAAUUUGGUUGAGCUAGCGGUGAGCACUGAUACAAUCGAGAUACGCUUUUGCCUUCGCGGCAACAAGUACCGUGACAUGGCCUUACACGAUAAGUCAUGUCUUUGUUUCUCAAACGUAGAAGGAAUAGCAGAAGCGCUUUGUGACUACGAAUACCCACUCACUAAAUGUGUACGACGUCUGCGAGUUCGUAUCCCGGACGACCCGUUUGACAAAUGCUGUGGAGUCUUAUUAAGGAUGCUGGAAAUGAAUUACACACUGGAGUGUGUGGACGUCAUUGCUCCAUGCUCCCAUAUGAAGCACUAUGACACAUUCAAAGCGCACCACCUCGAGCCGCUAUCGUUGAAAAAGUCUGCUCUUUCCAUGGAUUGCAAAGUCGCUUUUUUGAGCGUCAUCGGAGCUAAGAAUGGUGAACUAGUAAACAAGAAACGAAGGAAAGACCCGUCACUGUUACCUAUGCUUGAUCAAAACGUGCUUCGUAGCAUAUUUGAAUACGCAACACCACACAUGUCCCGCCAGGUUUACUUCCGUCAGUAUAACCUCUUUAAGACGGGACACGCGUACACACCAAUUUGA